AUGGUGUGUGAGCCUGAGUAUGUUUUGGAGUUGGAGGCAGUGGGUACUGUAGAGCCUCAAGUAGAAGUUGAAUUAGAAGUAGAGACAAAUGCAGUGGGUGAUGUACAGGGUGUGGUAGAAGUACAAACAGAGGCAGUAACUGAUGGUGUGGAGGCACACGUUCAGGCUGAUGUAGAUGGGCAGGUAGAAGUAGAGGGUGAGGUAGAGGGUGAGGUAGAGGGACAUGAGGAUGCUGAAGAGGAUGGGUCUGAAGAGGAUGUAUUGUCUGACCAUGGAGAUGAAGUUGAAUUUGAUAUAUUUGAACCUACUAACCAAGUAGAGGUUGCUGGACCUAGGGGUUUAUCUGAUAGUGAUUGGGAAUCUGAGACUUUGAACAGUGUUGUGGAAAGUGAUAACACAAAUGAUGAUAGGGAUGGGUAUGGGGAUUUUGGUGUUUUCUCAAUGCCCAAAAAGAAUGGUAGGAAAUUGAAAGUUUAUAAAAAUGACAAGAGAAGAGUCCGUGUCAAAUGUUCUGGGGCAAAAGGGAAAUGUCCAUGGAAUGCAUAUUGUGCAUAUAAGGCAGUUGAAAAGACAUGGCAGCUAAGGAAAAUUGUAGACAAGAACACAUGUAGUAGAGAAUUUAACAUUCGUUUAAUGACUUCAAAAUGGUUGAGUGGGAGGUUAGAGAAGGCGAUAAAAGAGAAUCCCAAUAUUAAUCUGUAUAACCUCCAUAACAAAGUUUCUAAGAAGUGGAGCAUUGGUGUGUCUCGGUCUACAACAUGUAGGGCAAAAACAAUUGCUAUUAAACAAAUAGAAGGUGAUUUUAAAGAACAGUAUAAAAGAGUGUAUGACUAUGCCAAUGAGUUGCUUUGGUCAAAUCUUGGUUCAACUGUCAAAGUUCAUGUUGAGCCUAAUGAGGACACUAGAAUAUUCAAGAGACUAUACGUGUGUUUGAAGGCCUGUAAGGACAGCUUCGUGUCAUGUAGGCCUACUAUAGGUUUGGAUGGUUGUUUCUUAAAAGGAAAAUAUGGAGGUGAGUUGUUAACUGCAGUUGCAAGAGAUAGGAAUGACCAAAUGUGUCCAUUGGCAUAUGCUGUUGUGGAGGUGGAGAAUAAGGACAGUUGGGGAUGGUUUUUAGAAUUGCUCAUUGAUGAUCUUGGUGGUGUGGAGCUUUCUUCAAAAAUUACAUAUGUUUCAGAUCAACAAAAAGGACUUUUACCAGCAUUACAAGAACUUCUCCCUGGUGUGGAACAAAGGUUUUGUGUGCGCCACAUUUAUGCCAAUUUUAGGAAGAGGUUUCCUGGGCAAAUUCUAAAACGUCUAUUAUGGAAGGCAGCAACAUCAACACACCCUCAAGCAUGGGAGGCAACGAUGAGAGAAAUUAAAGAUGUGAAUCCAGAUGCCUUUAAAUACUUGGUAACCAUUCCACCGAGAUUUUGGUCACGGUCAAGGUUUACAGGGCAAGCUGUUUGUGACACCUUAGUGAAUAAUAUGUCUGAAGCCUUUAAUAGUGUAAUAUUACAUGCAAGAGGUAAGCCCAUCAUCACAAUGAUGGAAGAAAUUCGUCUGUAUCUCAUGAAGAGGUGGGCAACAAAUAGACCAAAAAUAACUACAUCUGAAUCUUCUCUUUGCCCAAAGAUUAAAAACAGAUUUGAAAAGGAAUUGCAGUUGACUAAAUAUUGGAUACCAAGUUGGUUAGGACUGAGAAUCUUUGAGGUGAGACACACUUCAAUGAUUGGUGAGAAGUAUGUGGUUGACAUAGAUAAAUUUGAAUGCAGUUGUAGAAAGUGGACUUUAACAGGCAUCCCAUGUUGUCAUGCACUAGCUGCCAUGACCUUUUUGAACAUCAAUGGACAAGACCACGUCCCACAUUGGUUUACAAAGUCAACAUACCAAGAAACAUACACUCCAAUUAUAUACCCAGUGAACGGUCCUGACAUAUGGGAAAUAACAUCUCAUCCUGAUGUUUUGCCUCCACCUAAAAGGGUGUUACCUGGAAGACAAAAAAAAAAGAGAAGGCUAGAGGCUUGGAAGCUAAAGAAGGAUGACACACAACUUAAGCAAAAUGGAACUCUGGCAUGUUGUGACAGAAAAUGUGCAGCCUUUUUAUCUGGCAUGUGGGAGCAUAUGGGUGGUGCUUCUGUCUUGUCAAGGCAAUUGAGGAAAUUGAUUAUGAAUCUCAUGGGAGACUAG